AGGCUGGGUAUGUCACUGCGCCGUACGACGAGUGCGGGGCGAUAUCUCACUUCUCGACAAUGCCAUGUUGCUAUGUUAUUGCGGGCGAGAUAGAGCGUUCGCGCUUGGCUACGACGGCAAGAUUACGACGAGGGCUGCUGCACGGCGAGUGACGCUCGCGACGUGACGGAGGGACGUCCGCACGAGAGUGCUGUCCAGCCCGCUUAUCAGACCCGAUGGCGAAACCGGAGCGGCUCCGCUUCACAAUUGUGGACGACCUGAUACUUCUGCGCGAGGUCUCGCGGCAGAACCCGUACGAGGAGAGCGACCGGUGGAAGGCCGUCGCCGAGCGGGUGGUGAACGCGACGCAGAAGAACUUCAGCCUGCGCUGCGUCAAGGAGCACGUCGAUCACCUGCUCAAGAUCUGGGCCCGAGAGGGCCGCGCGCACCUGAGGAAGUCGGGGACCGAGGAACAGUACAAUGAAAAGGAGGGGCUUCUGCAGCAAGUGCAAGACUUGCAGAGGGAAUUCAGGCGUUCCGGCAAAGGCUCUAACGCGCAGAAGUCGAGAAUACAGAGGGACGUGGCUCUGGAGAACAUUUCCGAUACUCUGGAAGUGAUAAUAGAAGAACCGACGGUGGCAACGUCCAUGCCGCCGUUCACAUCGUCGGCGUUGUUGCCAAUCGCCUUACCGUCGCCAACCUCGUCAUCCUCAUCCUCAUCGUCGACCCCGCUGACUUCCGGGAGCCCACUGCGGUCGCCGACCACGUCGCCGUCGAGAACAGGUGGCCCGAUAAGGAACAAAGUGCGCCACGACGCGUUGAAGAAAUCAACGUUGCAUUUUUUGCAAGAGAGACAUAAGACGGAAGUGGAACUUCAGGAGAAGCAAUUCCAUCUGGAGGAGAGGAGAAUUCAGCUCGAGGAGGAAAAGUUUAAGAUGGAAAGAAAGGAACGCGAGGCGAGACUCGAGCUGGAGAUCGAGGAGAGGAGACAAAGGAUCGCGGUGUCCAAACAAAAACAAGAGAUUCUCGAGAUAUUGUUACAAUUAAUACAUAAACCUUGAUUAUUUUUGUAAGUGAUAGCGUUUCUUUGUUUUAUUGAUUUAUAAAUAAAAUUAUUGUUAAAAAAAAUGUAUGGUCCAUUUUGCAAGAUUACAUAGAAACAAGAAUAA